AUGGCCGACCCCCAGUACUCACCGGCCGAGUCUCUCAUGUCGGUAGCCGGUGAUUCUUACACAUCACUCUUCCCAGAGACCAUGGCGCCCAAAGCCGAAGAGCCGCCGACACCUGACUCUCACCGAGAGAGUUCUCUGCCCCUCACACCGCAGUCGCAAGAAGAGUACCACAGCAACAAGAGGGCAAGUCAAGACUCCACGGAUGACAAACCUGCCAAGAAACCUCGCAAGACCUGGGGACAGGUGUUGCCCGAGCCCAAAACCUCUCUGCCCCCUCGUAAACGAGCCAAGACCGAAGAUGAAAAGGAGCAGCGUCGAAUCGAGCGUGUCCUUCGCAAUCGCCGCGCUGCGCAAUCAUCCCGUGAGCGCAAGCGCAAGGAGUCCGAACUGCUUGCCGUCGAGAACGACGCGCUGCAGGGCAAAUACCAGGCACUCCAAGCACAAUACGAUCAAGCGGUCGCAAAGAAUGCUUCACUGCUCCAGUUCCUGGACCAAUUGAAGGCUAAGCAUCCGCAGAUCGCCUCCGACGUUGAGCCCUUCAGCGCCGCCGAGGUGACUGUCAACCCGAAGGAGCUCUCUCCGACAUCAUCGCCGGCCACGAACCACGCCGAAAAGACGUCCGAAAUCAGUCGGUCCGAGCCUGCUGUGCCAUCGGGAGUGGAGAGCAAGCCAGAGUCAACGAUUCCAAACGAAAACCACUCGGCCACCGCCGACCCAAGCCCCUCGGGAACAAACACAUCAACACCGUCCAUUGCGGUGCCUGAGGCAGCCGACUUUAUCAUCUUUGGCCCCGAUGACACUUUCCACACUCCCGACACGAGCAACCUGCUCCCGCAGCAGGAGGACUUCCAGCUGUUCGAAGACACAGUCUGCAACAGCUCCCUGACAUCGUUCGACGAGGACUUUUUCACAGCCUCGCUGCCUGGCCCGGACCUUGAUGAUGACUACAGCGGCCUUGACAGUAUCACGCAGCCCUAUGCUGGCGCGUCCUAUUAA